UACGAUAGAAAUUACGAUAUUAAAUCGACAAGACAAAUGACAUAUCUGAUUGAAUGUUUAGUUUAUUUGCUGUUUUUAAUGGAUGAAUUUUUUAACAUCCCUAUUCUAUUGAGAUAAUUUGAGAGGUGGUAAUGGUGUAUUAGAGAAAACCUACGAUGGAGCCCAAGAUUCACUUAACUAGAUCAUAGUUCUGAACUAACUUUAUUCUGGUGGUUGGUAUUCUUUUUUCUCUUCACAACUUGAAGGUUAAGGGUUGCAUGUUCACUUAGCCAAAGCAACCCUUACGAGGUUGCCUGCACUUAUUCUAGUCAUCAUCACUAUAAUCAAACGAAACCAAAUGACUUUUUCCAAAGAAAAAAUAAGAAAUCACGAAUGUGAAAUAUGCAAGAAGAAAUUUCCCACGAAGACUGACCUAAUCAAACACGUCAGGAUACACACUGAUGAACGACCGUACGCUUGCAAAUUUUGUGGACAUGCCUUCAGGCAGGCCGGUUCCCUUAAAAAUCACAUAGCCUGCAGACACUCUGCGACCCUGCAGAGCACGGAAAUUUUCAUUUGUAGCUAUUGUGCUAAAUCGUUUCCCAUUAAAGAAAGACUGAAACUACAUCUAAGGAUUCACACUGGCCACAAACCGUACGCUUGCAAGUUGUGCCCGAAAACAUUUGCUAGAGGAGGCCAAUUGGUGCAGCACCAACGAACACACGACGGCAGUAAGCCUUUUACUUGUAGGGUAUGCGAUACAUCAUUCACCACAUCAGCAAAUCUUCGAUCACAUAUGAAACGACAUCUGGAAAUCAGGGACUACAUUUGCCAUUUGUGUGGGAAACUGUUUUUCCGGAGAGAUGCCCUGAGAAAGCACUUGAACUGUUACCACGCCAACGUAAAGGCCUACUAUUGUAAAAUAUGCAAAAAGCAAUUGAAAGGCCACUUGCCUCAACACAUGCGAACACAUGCCAAAGAUAAACCCCACGGUUGCGCCCAUUGCGGUGCAAGGUUCGCCCAGCGAUCUCAGCUUACAGUACACCAAAGAGUCCAUUCAGGGGAGAAGCCGUAUAGAUGCCAAGUUUGCUGGAAAGCAUUCGCACAUUCUACAGCGCUCAAACUCCACUGCCGUUGCCAUACUGGAGAGAAGCCAUUCGAAUGUAUCCUAUGCAACAAUUCAUUUUCACAGUUACCUCACUUGAAGAAGCAUAUGCUUUGCGUUCACAAAUCCAGCAAGCCGUAUGUUUGCGGAAGCUGCAAGAGCUUCCAUAAAACUAAGAAGGAGCUAGAGUCACACGCCAAAAAUUGUACUUCUGAAGAGCAGCAACCGGAUCUAGAUGCUAAUAAAGGAGUGGAAGUACCUAAAAUCGGAGCAGCUAUGCCCAUAGGAAAAAUGAGAUUUCUUCUUGCCAUAUUAUUGAAGAAAAUUUCUUCGCCCGAACGUCUCACUGAAUUAGGUUUCAAUAAAAGGUUAAUUGAUGACGUGUUGCUCGAUUCUAUCAGAUUCUCUGGAAGGGAUCCUUGCUUGGAUUCUAGUCUCACCCCUGCCGAACAAUUGAAAGUCAACGUCCAAAUUUUGCUAGAUUGGACUGUUCCGAAGAGAUAUAUGGAAAAGUUCAAAACGGAACAGCGUUCUACUGAAGAACUACUGGAAGAGUUGACUUCUUGAAGAAAUUUAUGUUUUUAUAUGCGGGUUAUCGGAUUGAAUGUCAAGAUUUAAGGAGAUUGAUCUAUGCAUCAUUUUAGUAAAAAAAAGUCUCCGUUUUUGUUUCAUUUUGAUAAGCAUAGUGGAAAUCAUUUCAGGAAAUAAAUUUAGAUUAUGCAUAUAUGAUCUUAAUCUUUUUAAAUAUUGGCAUGCAUUCAAUUAGAAAACGACGUGUAUAUAAUAUAUACAGGGUGUAGAGAUAGGAAACAUAUGUGCGAGUUAGGAUUCUUGUUUUCGACGGAUAUACUGAAUUUUCACUUCCUAAACAGAUAGUCGAAUUUAGUAAUCCUACAAUUCUUUUAGAAAUUCCAGGUCCAUUUUAUAAAAUUCAAUUUUUGCAAAAACAAAACA